CUCAAUCCAUUAAACCAAAAAACCAAAAGUUCUCUCCAUUGUUCCUUUCCAAAGCAUUGCAAAAACAUGAAGAGACAUUCUUGCUGUUACAAACAAAAGCUGAGAAAAGGUCUUUGGUCUCCUGAAGAAGACGAGAAGCUUCUUAGUUACAUCACCAAACAUGGCCAUGGUUGCUGGAGUUCUGUCCCUAAACUCACCGGUCUCGAGAGAUGUGGAAAGAGCUGUAGACUCAGAUGGACCAAUUACUUAAGACCUGAUUUAAAAAGAGGAGCUUUCUCUUCAGAGGAACAGGAUCUCAUCGUCGAGCUUCACGCUGUUCUUGGAAACAGAUGGUCACAAAUUGCUGCGAGGCUUCCUGGGAGAACAGAUAAUGAAAUCAAGAACUUGUGGAAUUCGUGUAUUAAGAAGAAGCUGAGGCAAAAAGGUAUCGACCCUAUUACACAUAAACCUCUCUCCGAUGUUUAUAAAGACACAAACAUAAGCGACAACCACAAUUCCACAAGUUUCUCCUCAAAAAGUAAUCAAGACUUCUUUGUCAAGGAACCUUCUGAUUACUCGGACUACUUAGCGUUUGAGAAGUUCAACUCCAACUCUGUUUCAAUCGUCAAUUCGCUCUCGCCCGUGAGCCUUACGCAGUUCAACACCGAUGGUUCUGUCUCAACUACAGGUUUUGAGACACAGAUAUGCGUCAAAGCCUCGAUUGUCCUUCUUCCUCCCCCAGACAACACUAUCUCUGGGGAAGAUCAUGUACAAGUGACAGAGCCUACUUGGGAAUCAAACUGUGGAACCGCAAGCCACCUCGACAAUCCCGGUCUGGAAGAAAUUAAAUGGUCUGACGAGUAUCUGAAUGAAUCGUUACUCUCUAAUCCGGUUUACGUGAAAUCAGAGACAGAUUUCAACGCCAACAUUUCGUUUCCUUGGAGCCAAAACCAAAACCAAGCUUGUGACGUGUUCCCCAAGGAUCUUCAGAGAAUGGCCUUCUCGUUUGGUGAGACCCUUUAGAUUUAGACAUAUAAUGGAUCAAAUGUUCUAUCUGGUCACAAUCUAAAAAAAGAGCUCCAUCUUUCUUUUGAAUAUGUGUCUAAUACAUUGUAAAAUUUAGUUAGAUAUUAUUUUUAUUUCAGGAUCCUCAUGGACAAAUCAAAAAUUAUGUGUUUUCUUAAUAUGUUACAAGAACGACGCUUGGUAGGGGACUAUAUACAAAAAUG